AUGUCAGCCCAAUAUUCACUCAGUCCUCAAUUCAUGCUGCUAACCAACAUUACUCAGUUUAGCCCCAUUUUCUAUCUCACCAGCUUUCCUGGAUUGGAAGGCAUCAAACACUGGAUUUUCAUCCCCUUUUUCUUUAUGUACAUGGUUGCCAUCUCAGGCAAUUGUUUCAUUCUGAUCAUUAUUAAGACCAACCCUCGUCUGCACACACCCACGUACUAUCUACUAUCCUUACUGGCCCUCACCGACCUGGGGCUGUGUGUUUCCACCUUGCCCACCACUAUGAGGAUCUUCUGGUUUAACUCCCAUAGUAUCUACUUUGGAGCGUGUCAAAUCCAGAUGUUCUGCAUCCACUCAUUUUCCUUCAUGGAGUCCUCAGUGCUCCUCAUCAUGUCCUUUGACCGCUUUGUGGCCAUCUGCCAGCCGCUGAGGUAUUCGGUCAUUAUCACUGGCCAGCGAGUGGUCAGGGCAGGCCUAAUUGUCAUCUUCCGGGGACCUGUGGCCACUAUCCCUAUUGUCCUCCUCCUGAAGGCUUUUCCCUACUGUGGAUCUGUGGUCCUCUCCCACUCAUUUUGCCUGCACCAGGAAGUGAUACAGCUGGCCUGCACAGAUACCACCUUCAAUAAUCUCUAUGGACUGAUGGUGGUAGUUUUCACUGUGAUGCUGGACCUGGUGCUCAUCGCACUGUCCUAUGGACUCAUCCUGCACACAGUAGCAGGCCUGGCCUCCCAAGAGGAGCAGUGCCAUGCCUUUCAGACAUGCACCGCUCAUCUCUGUGCUGUGCUAGUAUUCUUUGUGCCCAUGAUGGGGCUGUCCCUGGUGCACCGUUUUGGGAAGCAUGCCCCACCUGCUAUUCAUCUUCUUAUGGCCAAUGUCUACCUUUUUGUGCCUCCCAUGCUUAACCCAAUCAUAUACAGUAUUAAGACCAAGGAGAUCCACCGUGCCAUUAUCAAGUUCCUAGGUCUUAAAAAGACCAGUUCUGAGUCCUGGGGCUAA